GGCCGGAUGUUCUCGUGUAUGCUGCGGCGUUCUUGACGCUGCUCUCAGCCGGACCUGUUUUUUGCAGCAGGAAGAAGAGACGCUGGAAAACUCAACAAUGUUGAGUAAGAGGUCGUCAGUAGCGGCUCUGCUCGCCGUGGUUGUUGGUGUUUACCUGCUGCCUUCUCCCAUAGACCCCGAACCACAUGUACUGAAGGGCCCCCCCCCGGCCCUCGAGGGGCCGCUGGCCGUCAACACCCGGCUGCAGAAGGGUCGCAGGCUGUUUCCUGGGAAACUACACGGACCAGAAUCCUUCACUGCGGAUGAGGAGGGUAACGUGUUCACAGGGACGGUGGACGGGAAGCUGUGGAGAAUCGGUCCUGAUGACACGCUCACCCUCAUCACUCAGAUGGGGCAGGAUUUACCAGAAUGCGGCAGCAGCACGGACUACGAGCCCGUGUGCGGUCGCCCUCACGGCGUCCGCCUGGAUCGCCGCGGUCAGCUGAUAGUCGCCGACUCGUACCUCGGGCUGCACAGCGUCGACCCGCAAACCGGAGAGAAGACUCUGCUCCGCUCCAAUGAACAAGGCGCUGAUGGCGUUCCCUUCGCCUUCCUGAACGGCCUGGAGAUCUCCUCCCAGACCGGUUUGGUUUAUUUCACCGACUCCUCCAGCCGGUGGGGGCGCAGACACGUCAGGCUGGAGGUGAUCGAGCUGAACCGCCUCGGCCGCCUCCUCUCCUACGACCCGGAGACGGGACGCGUGGACGUCCUGCUGGACUCCCUCUACAUGCCCAACGGCGUCGCCCUGUCCCCCGACGAACGCUUCCUGCUGGUGGCGGAGACGAGCAUCGGACGCGUGCUGAGGUACUGGCUCAAGGGGCCGAAGGCCGGCACCAAGGAGGUCGCCGUGGACAACAUGAUCGGUUACCCCGACAACAUCCGCCGCAGCGACCGCGGGACCUUCCUGGUCGGCAUGACGACGACACGGUUCCGGAAGGCCACGCCUCCCUUCCUGGACCUGAUCGCACCGUAUCCGGCCGUCAAGCGCUUCCUGGCCAAGGUGAUUCCUCUCCGCUGGUACGACGUGCUGCUGCCGCGCUACGCUCUGGUCCUGGAGCUCGGAGCGGACGGCGGCGGCGUGGUGGCGACGCUGCACGACCCCGAGGGCCGGCUGACGUGGGCCGUCAGCGAGGUGUUCCAGCACCGGGGGAGGACGUACCUGGGCAACACCGACCUGCCCUUCCUGCCCGUGCUGGAGGGGCCGGGGGGCCGAUGAGCGGCGCGGACCCUCGCAGGAGGGCGCCGGUGUUUUUAGGGGCGGCGACUCCCGCCGUGAUCGUCUUCCAUGCGCUCAGACUCAAACAUGGAAUGAAGUUUUUAGCGUCGCAAAAACGUUACUUAGGAACAUAAAUGGUAGAAAUUAGCAAAGUGGAAGAACUUUAAUCGUCUGUGGGCGAACCGGGAGAUUUAAAGAACUCUUUGGACCCAGAAUCCUAAAAUUGAGCUAAUUGAGCUAAUUUUUUACAUAAAAAGAACAUUUGUGAGGCUUUUAUAAGAGUUACAGUUUUAUAACUUCUUCAAAUUGGUUUGAAUGUUGCAAAAAGAACAUCUCAAAAUAUAAAGGUCAUAAAUUUAAAUAAACGACUAAGGCAUUUUUCAAAGAGGGAAAAUAGAUAAAAACCUCAAUUCUUAAAGCAACGUUGUAAUAAUACACGUUACUUUUUCACAUUUAUUGUGAAAUCAGAUUAUUCAAAAGCAACUGAGCAAGAUCUUCUGUUUUUAUUUUCAAUCAUUUCUUUAUUCGGACAGAAAACACAAGCCAGAAAUACACAAUCACACAACUAUUCUAAAAACAAAAGGCUCCUAAAUGAAACAGUUCUGACAGGUUGAAAAAGUGCAUCAGUGACUUGAAACCCGAGUUUCACAUUAAUUCAGUUCAGAUGUGAAUCAGAAACACUGCAGAGGAAGAAAGAAGCUGGAUGGAAAUAUUAGUCCAAGAAUAAAACAAGACGUACUGCUGGAAAUAAAAAGGUAGAACUGUUGAUUCAGUUUGAGGAAAUAAUCAGACUUUUUCUUUUUCGACGGCUUGAGACUUUCUGGAUCUCAUUUUUCUUCAAAAGUGUCUGGAUGUUAAUAAUCUGCACAGAUUUUAUCUGAAAUUAGAAAUACGUUGAUCUUUUGAAAUUAAAAAUAACUAUCUGUGAAGAAAUAUUACUUCUGUCAAAAAUACACGUUUCCUUUCAUUUCCCUUUAGGUCACAUUCAAAAGAUAUCAAAUAUAAAUGUUUCAUUUCUAUUUGCCCAUUAAAAGUUCCUGCAUAUAAUUUAAAGUGAAAUGAAAAUUCUUGAUGAAAAGAAGUGACUCCAAAACUUCUGAGUGGAACCCUGAUAAUGUGAGAAAGGACAUUUUGGCUAAAUAUAUCUUCUAUUUUUCUAGAAUUGCUUCUUCCUCUUUCCCAUCAGGAGGAUCAUCUCUGCACUGAAGCAGCGUUUCAGCUUCUCAGGAAGCUGCAAAACGGAGCAAAAUACUUGAUUUUAAGUUCAAAUCUCCUCCAACAAAGAAAAUCGCAUUUCUGCCCUUAUUAAAAGGAGACAGUUAUGACAUAAUGGAAUUCAUUUCGAAGUCUAACUUUAAACUGUUUUGACUCAAGAACAUUUGGUUCGUUUUUGUGGCUCUUGUAAUUCUCAUUAAGGCUCCACUUGUUAAAUCAGCAGCAGUUUUUCGAGCUUUUUAUUUUCCGUCUCAGUGACUCUGUCACAGUAAACAGGCCGUAAAAACCCAUUUAAGCUUCUUCCAGCGAACGUUCUUCAAACAAGGUCCAAAUAAGGCUUUUAAACACGAGAAGAGCAGCGAACAUCUCGCUGUGUAAAAGCUCCACUCAACAAGAAAAAGGUCUGAAAAUAGAACAUGUUUGCAUCAAAUUCAGAGGAUUACUAUUUUAAAAACUAUUUACCAUUAACAUGUUAUUGCUGAUCAGCUGUUUAUUGGGAUCGAUAGUUGAGGAUUAAUUAAGAAAACUAAUUAAAGAAAAACAAGCACGUUUUCAUUGUUUCGUAAUUUGAAAUCUUGUACUAAUGAUCAGAAAUGUCAGGGAACGUGAUAUUUACACGUAGUGAUACCUUUAAAGGAGCACUGCUUGAUUGAUCAUGUAAAUAAACGUUUGGAUGCUU